CUUUAUCAAAACACGCUACUUUUCCUACAUAGUUAACCGUAAAAUGAACUAAAGUUUUCAAAAUAUAAAGAAAAAACAAAUCAUGAUCCACUUUUUGACUUUAUUGCCUUAAUUUCUAUAUACUAACUUCCCCCUAAAAAAAUCCUAAAUUUUCUUUCUCUUUUCUCCAUAAUGGCUUCAAAGAUCAACUUGUCACAAUUUCUCCUCCUCCUCUUCUUCCUAGCACAGUAUGCAUUUGUGAAUGGAGACACCAGUUUAAUCAAAAGCACUUGCAAGAACACCAAGUACUACAAACUGUGUUUCUCUUGUCUCAAAUCCAACCCCACGAGUCCAAACGCAGACACAAAGGGCUUAGCUUUGAUCAUGGUUGGGAUUGGAAUGACAAAUGCCACUUCCACUUCUUCAUACUUGUCUUCCAAAUCUCUUCCACCUACCAACAACACUAGUUUACAAAGGGUCCUCAAAGAGUGUGCAGAUAAGUACUCUUAUGCUGGUGAUUCCCUCCAAGCUUCAGUGCAAGAUUUGGCGGAUGAAGAAUAUGAUUAUGCUUACAUACACAUCACUGCUGCCAAAGAUUAUCCAAAUGCUUGUCAUAAUGCAUUCAAAAGAGUUCCUGAUUUGGUUUACCCUCCUGAGAUUGCUAGUAGAGAAAAAGGUUUGAAGCAUAUAUGUGAUGUGGCUAUGGGGAUCAUUGAUAAUCUUAUUAAUAUCUAGGUACCAUUAGUUGCU